AUGCCUGUACUAUCACAGGAUACCCAAUCCAAGCUUCGUGGUAUUAUCGACGAGUACACGACAGGGGGCGUCGAGAGCAAGAUCCCAGGCCUUGUCUACUCCGCCUUCAGAAACGAUGGCGAGCCGAUCUUUCAACAUUACUCCGGCCUGAGGGGAGUCACCUCAGAAAGCCCUAUGUCAGAAGAGACUAUUUUCUUCAUGGCAUCUUUUACAAAAUUGACGUCAUCAGUCGCGUGCAUGCAACUUGUCGAGCAGGGGAAGUUACGUUUAGACGAUGCAGAUCAAGUUGAAGCCAUUUGCCCUGAGCUACGCGAUGUCAAGGUAUUGACUCGAAAUGAGGACGCUGGUUUCGGAUAUGCUUUUGAAGAUGAGAAACUAGCCGAAUUCAGUCGCCCAAUUGGUUUUGAUGACUUCUCGGGAGAAGCAAUUGAGACAGCAAAUCGGCCUCUAGUGAAUCAGCCUGGCGAGACGUUCCAAUAUGGCAUCUCAAUGGAUUGGGUUGGCGUUAUAAUUGAACGCACAUACAAUAAGUCGCUCGAGGAAGUCUUCAAAGACAAGAUCUUCCAGUCACUGGGAAUGGACCAUGUCACUUUUCAUCCGUCAGCAGAGGAUAAGUCGAACUUGGCGUAUAUGCAUCGCAGAAGCCCAAGUGGCAAGCUGAGUACUACAGACCACUUUUAUCGACGUCCGCUCCUUGCUCGGGAUGGCGAGAAGGUUCCAUGUGCAGGCGGUCAUGGAUGUUUUGGAAGACCAGCAGAGUUUGGACGAAUUAUAUCGUUGCUUCUGAACGAUGGAUUAGAUGCCAAAUCAGGAGUUCGGCUCCUCAAACCGGAGACAGUCAAUGACAUGUUCACCGAUCAAAUCCCCGACAAACCACGCUUCAGCAACAUCAGUGUCCCCGUCGCCAAACCAGAGCUAGCAAACCCAACUCCCCUGACACCAAUGCCAGAUGAUCAUACCGAGGGCUGGGGCUUAUCAUUUUCCAUUAAUCACUUCCCCGAGUCCACGGGCCGUGCGGCUGGUUCAGCGUCGUGGGAAGGCUUGGCUAAUCUCUUCUGGUUCGCUGAUCGCAAGAACAACAUCGGCGGCAUUAUUGCUAGUCAGAUACUUCCAUACGGAGACACGGCGAUAAUGGCAGACGGACUUAGUGUUGCCUCUGGAGUGUUAGCUCUGGUGACGUUCGCCUUUCAGUCGAGCACUGUUCUUUACAAGACUGUUCGCAGUUACAAAACCCAGGACGCCAACGCGCGCGCACUCAAAAAUGAGCUGAAUGAUCUCACUGGAGUGUUGCACUCGCUCCUCGAGACAGUUACAAAUUACCCUGACAUCAGUUUCGAGUCUCUUGAAUUACCUUUGCUACGUUGUGGAAAGACUUGCGAGGAGUAUGGCAAACUUAUUGCUCGGUGCACAAAACAUUCCAAUGGGACUCGGCCAAGUUUCCGAGACUGGAUUGGCCAGCAGUAUCUGAAGGGAGAUAUCACAGACUUUAGGGAUAUGCUUGCUGGAACUAUCACCGCUGUUACGCGCAAUGUCAUCGACGAAUACAAAGACAUGAUAGAUGAUACAACCGCCGAUCUCCAAAAGCACAUGCAGCGGCUGGAUGAGAGAGCACGUAGCCUGGCGCCUCCGGCUGAAAGCGUCGAGUCUGACAGCACCGACUGGCUUGCUCUGUUUGAAGAGAAAGAAAGUACUCGAAAGGGCCUCCAGAUCUGCACUGAGCUAUCUUUGCAUAUUGAAGCACUCGAAUCAACGUCUAGCGAGAACCCACAGUUCUCCAAACAGCCUUCAGCAGAUAAAUACAUCAAAAGUAGCCUGAGUUCUGCUAAGAGUUCUAUCAGCGCGUUGGAGUCACGUCUCAGAAGCCAUGGAAGCGAAAUCGAUAAGAGGAUGGAUGCCAUGAAACUGAAAACAGACCUCUCUGAAGAUGACAUCAACGAACUGGCACAACUACAGGAGACGAAAGAAAGCAUUCAUCAAUGCAUGAAUGUGGUUGCUCAUGCGGGCGAAGAUCUGGCCAGGGAGCGCGCUAACGUCUUUGAAGACAUAACUAUGGCCGAUAAUGCGUACGGUAUCACGGUUUCAACCGUAAAGGAUCUGGUUUACGCAAGGCGAGUCAACGUGCAAGGCCAAGCGCGUUAUGUGGGUGGGCAAAUAGACGAGGCAAGCUAUAACGCAACCAUCACCGCACUUACCGAUUUGGACCGUGGAAGCACACAAUAUGGAGGGCGGGACAACACAUUGGCGUUAUCGAAGGACGAAGCGGCCAAGAAGACCGUGCCAUCCCGAGCUUUUCUCGAACGGCAUGGCCCUGGCGUUAAACUUGAGCCGUCUGGUGUGUCAGCGAAGCCUUCUGGAUAG